CCACCACGUGUUGACCCGACCCCUUCCUCCGUUAAGAACAUCGGGUCCGAGACAAGGAGAGAGAGAGAGAGAGAGAUCUGCCGAAGCUGAGCAAAUUAUUGCUAUGGCGAGCUCAGACGCAGGAACGUCGUCAGGAAGCGAUUAUCAAGUUUUCUUGAGUUUUAGAGGGCCGGAUACUCGAAUUGGAUUCACGGACUUCCUCUUUCAUAGCUUGACCGACGCUGGAAUUUGCGUCUUUCGAGACGACGAGGAGCUCCGCGUUGGUGAAAGGAUCGAUGGAUCACUUCUGCAAGCGAUUGACAACUCUAGGAUUUACAUACCCAUCUUCUCUCAAAACUAUGCUUCGAGCCCAUGGUGUCUCCGCGAGCUCGCGCAAAUCGUGGCAAGUACCUUCAAAUCGGAAGGUAAUAAAGCGAUCCUGCCUAUUUUCCUCGACGUGGAACCUAACGAUAUUAAGCUGAAAACCCCACUGUAUCGCGAUGCCAUACUCAAUCUAGAGCGCGAGAAGAAGUUGAGUAGUGAGCAAGUCGAUGCUUGCAGAGAGGCUCUCAUGGAGGUUGAUGCGAUAAAGGGAUGGGAAGCGAAGAAGUACAGAGGAUUGUGGAGAACAAUAAGUUCUGGAUGCACGAUCAACUUAGAGAUCUUGGAAGAAAAAUCAUUCAUCAAGAAAAUCCAACAAAUCCUAAGGAGCGGAGUAGGAUAUGGAUGCGGGACGAGGGCCUCGAAGCAAUAAGAUCAAGGGAGGUAAAGCACUUAUAGAGAACUAAUUAGAUUCUGGCAAUAAAUUCCACUACAUUGACUUAGGAUGCUCUAUUUUUUUUUCCUUUUCCAUUUUCUAAUCUUUUUGCUCUAUGAGAUAGAAUACUGAUAUCGGUAAUUUCCCAUUUCUCAUUUGCGGAUGAACAAUAACG